CAGUGAAAAUUGUAACAUAACCUCUAUGUUACGAAUGAAAUAAACUUUGUUCAUAUGCAGUUAUAUAAGUUUAAUAUAAAUACAUUAUUACUAUUGCAAUAAAUUUUUUUUAUGAAACAAAAAUGUCUACUCGUUGGUAUCCUUUAUAUCAAAAAGGUAACCCACAACUUAGAAUAUUUCUUCCAAAUUUUUGGAUGAAGCUUGUAAAACCACAACAUAACCAACCAAAAAAUAUAGUAGAAUUUCACGUUUCAAUGGAAAUGACAAAAUUUGAUAUAAAAAAUUAUUUAGAAAAAAUUUAUGACGUUCAUCCUAUGUAUGUGAAUACUAGGAUUGCUCUUGGAAAAACGCAUAAGCCAGAAAAAUUUGUUGUUAAAGAAGAUGAUAUAAAAAUAGCUUAUGUAGUUCUACCCAAAGAUCAAUCGUUCGAAUUUCCUAAUAUAGUUCCUAAAGAUUCAGAAGAGAAAUAUAAAGACCAAAUGGAACAAACAGAAGCUAACUUUCUUGAAAUAAGUAAACAAAAUAAUGAUAGAAUAUAUAUCUACUCAUGAUAAUAAAAUAUGAUAAUAAGAAUAAGAAAAAUAUUAUUAAUAUAUUUUAACAUCAAAUUAAAUAAAGAAUAUGAUAUUUUUAAUAUUUAAUAUUCACUCAACAUAAAACCAUAUGACUUACAUUGAGGACAUUGAGCAAUGUCAAGCAAAAAAAUUGUCUGCAAAAAGGAAAGAAAAAAAUUACUAAAAAUUAAAAUUAAUUAAAAAGGAAGUAACUUCUUUUCAUUCAUACUUCAUUUAAGGAUAUGAUACAUCAAAGACAACACACCUGUGGAUGAAUAGGACAGAAAUAACGUACUCUGCCCUUUGUCAAAUAACCACAAACAUUGCAGAGCACAAAACCAUGUGGUCUAUUACAAAGGCAUUCAUUGGAAGAUAAAUUGCUUUGUGCUAUUCCUCUUCCUCUAGCCAUUCUCAUUGGAUUACGAUUGCCAAAUUUUGAAUUGAAAUACAUUUUGUACUUUCCUAAUUAAAUCAUUGAACAUUUAUUAAUCAAUAAUUAUAAUACAAAUAUUUUUUAAUAAAUAUUAUAACAGCAAAUAAAUAACAAUUUGUAUAUAUCUUGAGAAAUAUUAAAGCAAACGGAACACAGAAAAAUUUAUUUUUAAUUAGUAUUUCUUAAAAUGCAUUAGUAAAUACGAAAUUAAUAAAAGACGCAUUUCGAAUCAUAAAUUCAUGACACAAAUUCCAAUGCGCAAACAUGAUUCACUCGUAUAUUCACGACGGUUUUGGUACUCUCGAGCAACGUUUAAUUUCCGGUUUGCAAGUAAUAAUCGCCUCUUUGUAGUUCGCUUUUAACGUUUAAUUCGCAUCGUUUCGUCAAAAUGAAACAGUGUUUCGAACAAUACGUUUGCUAUACGUAAAAGAUAUUACGAUACGACUUCAAAAUAAUAACUGACCACAAAGAAUAUGUGAAAAUCCGUAUUAUCGAUAUAUUAAAUUUCUUUAGAUCUCAAUGUCUUCUUAAAUUAUUUAUCAAAUGUCUUUUUAAAAUAUUUAUCUUUUUAGAUAAUUAUAAAACAAUUUUUUAAAUGCACAUAUACCUUUAACAACCACUUGUUCUUUCAAAAUAAUGAAUCGCGAAAAACACUGUAGUAUAAAUAAGUAUUUAUUGUCACAUGAAUUUAAAUGCGAAAAAGAAAUUUAAAAGCAAAAUAAUUGGUAGCACAAUUUGGAGAUAUCACGAAUUUAAAAUGAUUUUUUAUUUUUAGUACAAGAACUAUACGAUUUCAUACGUCUUACCGGUCGACACGCUAGCGCGUUUCUGGCACGUAAAAUGAUCGGUCAACAGAGAUAGAAAAAAAAUAAGAACGAAGUAUAAACACACUUGAAAUCAGCCGGUUGUUCUUUAACAUGAAAACAAACUAUUCAUUUCGGGCUCAAAUGUUGAUUUAUCAUAAUAUAACCAAAUCAGUCUUUUUUCAAUAGAAAAAGGUUCUGUUCCCUAACGAAAACGAUUGAAUUUUUCAAAAUUAUGAUCGAUUUGCAACGAAAAGGAUGUUACAACAAAAAUAGACAUGGCAAGAAGGUACUCUAAAACGAUAAUCGAUCAUUUAAUCGACUUAAUUUAGAACUCUAAAUACACAACAAAACUUUUAUUUGCUAAAAUAUUAUAAUUAUAUGUAAUAUAAUAU